AUGGCUUCAACAACUACAACAACCAAAGAUGAUGAUAGUAGUAGUAGUAAUGUUUUAAUGGUUGCACUAAGACAGAUACUAGUACACAACAAAUACAUAUCAUUCCUCAUAUUUCAACAUGUUGUAAACAUACACAAACACAUCAAUCUGUAUCGUCUGGCAUCAGACUUUGAUUGCCAAUACAGAUACAAAUACGAUCAACUGACACUCGAGUUUUGUUUACGAAACAAAUACCUUGCUAUCAUUAAAGAAAAGAUUACUUUACUCGAAUACAACAACAACAACAACAACAACAACAACAUUGAUAAUAAUAAUAAUAGUCAACUACUACCAACUAGUAAAGAGAUUGAAUUCUAUCAAUUCUUUAAUCCAUCACAUUUUCAUACAUGUCUAAGACUGUUGUGUCAAUUACCUGGGUUGGACUUGGAAUCGUUUGUACUUGUUUUCAAGUGUAUGACUGUCAGUCUGCCUGAAUCGAGUUUGGCUGCAGACGUACCAUUUUGGGUGUCAAGAAGUCAAUGCACUCAGAGAAUGAAAUGGUGUAUCGAUCAAUUCCCAGCAUUCUUUGACCACAUUGAUGAUAUAUCGAGAUCACUUAAUGCUGCAAUCGAGAGUUGUGGGUUUGGUGAAAUGACAGUCUUCCUUCUCAAACACAUUCGAACCAUCAGACCUGCAUUCACCUCCCACCAGGCAUUGAUUAAAAUAACGUCUCUACAUUCACCAGACUACACCUCUCGUGUCUUGGAUUUAAUGCCCAACAUUAUAUUGGCCAACGCAACCGAACGAGUCAGUGUCUUGCUCUGUGGAAACAUACCAGUCAUCAACAAAUACAAAACCAUAGCAUUGGACGAUCAACCACUUCCCAUUCAAUUGACAUAUCUCUAUCAACUGGUUGUAAAUCAACAGAUAUUGGAAAGAAUAGCCAGUGAUAGUGGCACAGACUACAUUGAAAUACUGAAGAGGCUACUCUAUAAAACAGUAGAGAUGAGAUGGUCAAAUACACAUGCAUCAUCAGGAACACAACGAUUAAAAACAAAUAUAUAUGAUCAAUUCUUAAAUUCAAAGUUAUCACAAAUUGGAUUUAAUCAAGAUACUACCUCUACAUCCUCUUCUUAUCCAUUUACAAAGUGGCAAUUGGAUUUAUUACUCAUUUACUUUUUAUAUUAUGAAUUGGAGGAUUUGAUAACUGUAAAUGUUUCAUGUUUGGCAUUUGCUCCACAAAAGGGUAUAGUUCAUCUACUAUGUCUAGUUGACAAUGAUGCGAUGAAGAUACAUCACGUCUUGCACAACAAAAAAUCAAAAGAACAUCUAUCACAAAUGCUUUUAGAGACGUACCAAACGAUUACGAGUUGGGAGGAUAAAGAGACAAGAUUAAAGACAGUUGAUAUCAUUCUAGAAUGUUUGGAUUUCUACACACAUGGAUACUCUAGAGCAUUUGUAAGGACGUGUCUCAGUCUUGGUCAAACAGAUAUUAUCAACAUGUAUAGAUCAAAAUUGGAUUUAAAACAGAGUGAUCUUCCAACAGACGAUAGAUACUACAAUCAUGCCUACCUAGACAAAUACAUUGAAUUGGGACUCACGUUUACAGAUCAACCAGACUACUCAUUUCUAUUUUGGAGUAAAAUAUGUAAAAUGGCUGCACGUCUAGAUCGAAAGGAUCUAAUUGAUCUAUAUUUGGAACGGUCUCUAAAGGUCAAUCUACAAUCAAAUAUUCUAGAGGUUAGUGAAGAGAAUAAACGUAUUGCCAUUUGUAGAGAAGCCAUGAUAAUGGGUAACUUUGCACUUGCCGAGCAACUACAACUAGACACCGGACAAAACCAUGGUUUUAUUGGUCGAUUCAUAUUGAAAAAUGAACCAUUUACACAUGGAGUAGAUGCAAUCAACUUUAUAAAGAAAUGGGGUGGUGUUGGUGAUGGUAAUUCAAUUUCACCAUCAUUGAUUCCCGAUGCCAUCAAAUUGAAUCGUAUCGAUAUAUUGGUGGAAUUGGAAAAGAUUGGCUUACUUAAAGAUAAAAUUGAUAUAUUUCAAGAGGUUGUUGACAAUACCUCUUUCCUAUCAAUCUGUUUGGACAAACUCAAUCCACUGUCAUUUACAAAGAUACUAUCUAUACCGGAAUGGGGUAAAGUAAUUAAAAAGGCAAAGAGUAAAAAUAGAUACAACCAAGUUUCAAAAGUAAUCCGUAAAUAUUUUACAUUCCAUUACAAAGAUCAUCUACAGGCUCGAUCACAAUCAAAUGAUAAAAGUCUUGAAUUUAUAUUUAAUAAGAUUCAAUUAAAAUAA